AUGAAUGAGCCGUACGCCUUGAGCCAUACGCCCAAAGUAGGCGCGUACACCGAUACCCUCCGUACGACGCUCGGCCGUCACGACCCACUCCAGAUCAUUCCUACAACCGUAGUGGAUUUACCAGACAAAGAUAUCUACAAGUCCUCCAGAAAUUAUUUUCCCCUCUCACCAAAACGCCCAAAAUCUCCACCCUCGCCGACACGCAAAUCUACAUCGUCCGUUUCAUCGGCGGACGAGCCCGAGCUUUCGCCAGUGGUGUCGCUUAUCCAGGCGCAGGGCCGCCGUGAGUAUGUUGUGGGCGUAUUCAUGCUUCUCCAGGACCUCGCGGCAGACGGCAAGCCCGGGCCGCGCAAGUGGCUCGAAGUUUACGGCGUGCUCACAGGCACACAGAUCGCGUAUUGGGAUGCGGAAUACGUCGUGGGCGCGGCCCAUACAAACCACCAGCUCCAGAUCAACAAGCCUUCGUACCUCAACCUCGCGGACGCCUCCUUUCAGGCCGUUGCAUCGCUCACGUCUUCCGGCAGCCCAGUACCCAACGUGGUUAUCCUCUCCACCACCGUUCGCAACCGUUUUCUCCUCCAGUUUCCAACAUCCGCGGAGUUUGCAUCCUGGGUUACCGCCAUGCGGCUCCUGGCGUUUGAACACGCUUCGCUUCAGAAAGCCUACUCCGCGACGCUCCUAUCGUCGCGCGGUGCGCGGUUAUCGGAUAUUGCAAAUCUUCUCGCGCCGCGCCGGUACGCGCACGAAGAGUGGCUCGGGAUCCGUUUCGGUGCGGGUUCCUCCUGGACGCGUGUGUUCGCACGUGUCGAGCCAGGCAAGAAGGCGCGCUUGCUCCUCUAUGCCAACGACCAGAACACCAAGAAGAAGAAGGAUAUCAUGGCCACAAUCGAAGGCGUCUCUGAGUGCUACGCUGUGUUCCCUGAAUCGCUCUCCGCUGUGGAUAUUUCCACCAUGAUGAAGCUCCGCGGCCGUGUGACACUCUCCAAAGGUGUCACCACGUUGGACGUGCCCCAGGGCGUUAGCACCGCAAUCUACGUCAUGCCCUACCCGCACCCGGCGGUCCCGGGAUACGAUACGCUCAUCCGGUUUUUCCUUCCCCUCCUCGACGCGUUCAACCUCUACGGUCGCCCUGCACGGCUCAUCUCUGCUAAGGAGGACCCCCUGGGUCUCUUGUUUGCGUUACCGGUACUCCCGCGCGCGCACUAUCUCAAUCCUACGGACGUGCAUGUGGACGCGCUGGGCGUCGUCCAGCCGGAGGAGUGGUGGCAUGCGCAGUUCCAGCGCGUGUUGCAAGGUAAGAUGGGUGCUCCAGGUGGCUACGACGGCUGCGGUAGCGUCAAGAAGACGUCUGGAACGGCACCGGGUACGCCGCGCAGCGUCCCCUCGCCUCUCAUGAAGACAGACGUGUUGACCGCGCCUGCACGCCUGCAGCCCCUACUGGGAUCGCCUCUUGCGAACUCCUUCCUCGAUGCGGACAAGAAGGCGCCGUACCCGGUGGUGCCGGAGAAAGACGCCAUUGACUCACCGCUGGGCCGCAAGCACGACGGAAAUCCAUAUGAGCGCAGUCCUCAAUCCGCUACCGCUGAUCUCUACGGUAAGUCCAGAACUGGAGCUAGUUCCUAUGCAACCCCUCCAAAGGGAGGAAAUCCAGCGGGGAACGGUGCUAGUAUUCCGAAUGAUGCCGGAAAUCCCAGAAGAGGAGCUAACGAUGGCAGUUCUGGCGUUCCGUAUCCAAACAGCCCUAAUCUAAACGGCAGGCCUGCAAACGGGAAUCCCUAUGACUCGGCAAAUGCAAAACCUCCUGGUGGAAGUUCUUAUGGUGCUCCGAAUGGCCAUCCUUACGGGCCUGCCAACGGUAAUCCUCAAACCUCGCCCACCAAGCCGUAUCCACCGUCUGCUAACACAAGGCCUGGGUAUCCGACUAAUCCAAACGCCCCUUACGGUGCGAGUAUCCAAAAUCCAGGCCCUGUUGGUAGUGCCAAUGCUAACUCAUCAAAUCAAAAGUCUGCGCAAGUCGCUAAUGCUGGUCCGCACCAAAGGUCUGCCCUCCGAGCUCCACAUGACAAUCAUGCAAAGGGAAAUCCGUAUGACAGCAUCUCAGGAAUUCCUAACCCCGCCUUACCCCCGAAGCAAGGCUCGACUCCCUACCCGUUGAACUCUCAUCAGUCCGUCUAUCUUGAAGAAAUCUAUAACAAGUACCGCUACGAAACAGCAGACUCCGGUCCCUCAGACUCCGAUCCGGAAUCGCCUCACCCCCUGAACUUUGCUUCGCCAAAGGUUCCCCAAGCCAAGCUGGUGCCGUACCCAGAACUGCCAGAACGAGCGGGGGUUCGUGGCCCGCGGAGUAACCCUUACCAGCUGACUCCGACCUUGAAGCAUAGUAACAGCAACCCGUAUAUGGUGCACCAAAAUGACCAAAGCAAGCCGGAGCGGCAGGGGCAGGAUCAACAACCAGGACAGAACAGACCUGACAGAAUAGCUCAAGACCCGAGAUUGAUGCUGAGCGAUCAGAAAACCUACAGACCUGAUAAACCGGCCGAGCACAGACCCGCUCAUGACUAUAGACCCCAGAACCAAGGGCAGUCCCAGUCUAUUGCUUCUCCUCGACAGGCUCGUCAGGGUCCACAGUCGCCAUCCCUUUAUCCAAACCAGCAGCAAGGCCACCCGUCCCCUCAGUUGCAACAGCAAAGACCUCAACAUCCGCGGUCUCAGCAACAAAAUUCGCCGCAGAUGCAACAGCAGGGCUUCCAGCAAUGGCCACAACCCCAGUCACAGCCCCAGUCACAAGCGUACCAGCAAAAAGCCCACCCAAGAGAGCAAAGACCUGGUGGGAGUCCGCCUAAGGGAAAUGUGAACCACAGUGGCGGAUAUCCUCCAAAUGGAAACCAGAGCUAUAACAACGGCGGAUAUCCUCCAAAUGGAAAUGGAAGCCACGGUGGCGGAUAUCCUCCAAAUGGAAAUAGAGGCCAGGGUGGUGGAUAUCCACCGAACGGAAAUGGGAACUACGGUGGCGGAUAUCCACCCAAUGGGAAACCCAACUCUGGCAGCGGCGGGUAUCCCCCAAACCACAUAAAUCCAUAUGAAAACCCGGCUAUCAAUGCGAUUGCUAACCCCUACGCUAACCCUCCAAAACAACAGGGAUCUGGAUACCCUCCGCGCUAA